CUCUGAUCUCGGCAAGGGUAAAGAGAACGCUGACAUAAUCUCUCCUCUUUUCCUAGAAGGUUUUCUUAGGUGCGGCCUAACAGUGUGAAAGGAGAUGGGCAAAGGCUACAAAGUGGUGGUUUGUGGAAUGGCUUCUGUGGGCAAGACAGCCAUUUUGGAACAAAUUCUCUAUGGUAAUCACACCAUUGGUGCAGAAUGCAGCUCAACAAUAGAAGAUAUUUAUGUGGUUUUGGCUGAAACAGAUCGGGGCGUAAAGGAGCAGUUACGUCUCUAUGACACCAAGGGAGUCCAAGAAGGAGAGGAGUUCCCCAAGCAUUACUUCUCUAUUGCAGAUGGCUUUGUUCUGGUUUAUGCUGUGAAUAGCCUGGAAUCCUUUGAGAGAGUUGACUGGCUCAAAAAGGAGAUUGACAAGUGCAGAGACAAAAAAGAGGGCUCAGUGAUUGUCUUAGGCAACAAAGCAGACCUUUUGGAAGAAAGGCAGGUGGACACUGAAGUAGCACAGCAGUGGGCCAGACUUGAGAAGGUGAAGCUGUGGGAGGUGAGCACGACUGACACCAAGACACUGAUGGAGCCCUUCACAGUAUUAGCAAGCAAACUCUCUCAGUCCCAGAACAAAUCGACAUUUCCUCUUCCAGGACGGAGGACCAAAGGCAAUAAUGAUGAUAGCUAAAAAACAAAAGAACCCCCACUCUCUUCUUCUGGAAGUGAAUGCCUGAUUCUGCUGUUGCCUUUUGCCAUUAGGGAAACAUUAAAGGGGUUGGGUGGUUGGUAAACUCCUGCAUGCAGUUUCUCUGUUAUUUCUUAAGCCAUUGAAACUCCUGGGGAUUUGAGGAUAAGAAUGGCUUUGAAAGCUUCUGUAUAAAAGUAUUGAAAGAA